GAACAAGGAUGGCUUUCCUGAGGACAUUGAUCCUGACAAGGAAUCUCCUGAGGGCAUGGCUACACCCACACCCCGUGAAGCCCAUGUGCUUGUGGGAGUGACAGGCAGUGUGGCAGCGCUGAAGCUGCCUCUUCUAAUAUCUGGUCUUCUAAAGAUACCUGGAGUACAAGUGCAGGUUGUGACUACGGAGAAAGCAAAACACUUCUAUAAUGUGAAGGACAUAUCUGUGCCCAUUUACAGUGACGAUGAUGAGUGGAAGAUGUGGACGCAGCGCUCUGAUCCUGUACUUCACAUUGAGUUGCGACGGUGGGCAGAUGUCAUGCUUAUUGCUCCCCUUGAUGCCAAUACUUUGGGGAAGAUUUACAGUGGGGUCUGCGACAAUCUCUUGACAUGUGUGGUCCGUGCAUGGGAUAUAACGAAGCCAUUGCUGUUCUGCCCAGCCAUGAACACCGCCAUGUGGAAUCAUCCAAUCACAGCACAACAAAUUAAAAGUCUUCUAAGUUUUGGCUACACAGAGAUCCCAUGUAUUGAGAAGACCUUGGUGUGUGGAGACAAAGGUCUUGGAGCCAUGGCAGAAGUUGACAACAUCAUUGACAAAGUCAGGGAAGUCUUGUUGAAGUUCCAACUUCAGGGAUGACGUCCA